UUAUUCUGUGCCUAAUUUUUGCUGUAGCGAGGAACAUAAUAUAUCCAAUCAAAAGUAGUUUUUCUUUUACUGAAAUUUUAUUGAGCUGCAUAGUGAAACUUUAAUUACUUUUUCAUUGAUAUUUCAUGAAGGGUAUCAGGUGAAGUUGUUUUCAGAAUAAUGUCUGUAAAACUUCAUCAUACUACGAGUUUACAAUGACAUUCAAAUUUCCGUUCGCUGUUGAAGCUAUAAUAUUCUUCACCUGUAGUUGUAAUUAUUCAUACGAGACUAUUCAAUAUGAAUACAUAUAUCAGGUUGUAUCGGAACAACACAAUUACACUGCAAAUAGCUCGGUCGAAUAUUGCACAGUAAAUCAAUCUACUUCAGCAAGAGAACAUAUUGUAGCAGAUGAAGUAUCCAGAUGGUCCAUGUAUGCAAAUGUUGCUUACUACUUGACUUGCGCCCUAUUCUCAGUUCUUAUUACUUCAUGGAGCGACAAAAUUGGAAGAAAAAUAGCAAUUGCAUUUCCUGUAUUUGGUACUGUGAUCGCAUCCGCAGCGCAAACAGUAAUAAUCAUUUACAGAUUACCUCUUUACUGGAUUGUUGUAGUGAAUCUUAUUUAUGGAACUUCAGGCGCAUAUGGAGCGUUGCUUAAUAUUGGAGCAGCGUAUCUUAGCGAUAACAUUGAAGCAGAACAUCGCGACAGAAGAUUCACGAUUCUCGAUGUUGCUGCUUCUCUCGGAGGAGGAGCCAUUCAGAUUGCUACUGGUUAUUGGAUCGAUUCAGGUGGAUUCAUUUCAAGUUCAUUUUUUAUCACUGGAUGUGCAAUGAUUGCGAUAAUAUUUAUACCAAUGAUGUCACCAUUUAAUCGCCGAAAAAGACAUGAAGAACCUGUCAACACAGAGACUCAUUCAGAAACAGAUCCGUUGCUACCGCGGUCGCAGAAUGAGACCGAUAAAGACGAAUUCUUUGAUUGCUCUUCAAAGUUUCUUGCGGCGAAUGCAGACGAUGGGAACACAGAAGUUAAAAACAGUUUAACAAACGACAAAAACACCAAAUUUGACUUCUUUUCACAAAUUAAAGUCGUCUGGAAAAUAUAUACAACGAGACAGAUUGUGUGCAAUAUUUGUCAAUCAGGACAAGUAAGUCAACGACAAAUUUGUUUUCAUGGCGACAAUGUUCGUAGAGAGAGAUUGUGGCGAAUAUGGUUCUUUGUUGUAUCAUACGCAAUGUAUAUGUUUGCAGUCAAUGGUGGAGAAUCGUUUCGAACGAUGUUUUUCGUAUCGUUUCCAGUUUGUUUCACUCCCGGACUGGUUGGACUUCAGAACGGACUUGAAAAUGGACUUGUAGCGCUGGAUCCUAUUGUUCUGUACUUAUGUAAAUCUUUAUUGCAUCUAAGUAGCCAAACUAUUUUGCUGACGGCAAUCUUUACCCGUUUAUCUAGUGCUCUCAUGAUGAGUUUUGCGGAAGGCCCUCCUCUUGUCUUUGCAGCAACUAGCUUCGGGAUAAUUUUCAAUUUAUCAACUCCUAUUAUACGCUCACAAAUAUCUCUUCUUGUGUCUUCCUCAGAACAAGGAUCAGCACUCGCGCUUGUCUCGGGAAUUGAAAGUUUAUUCAACAUAUUUUCUCCGAUUGUCUUUCUACAUAUUUAUCCUGCAACACUGUAUAUAUCUCAUGGUUUCGCGUGGAUUAUAGAAACAUUAAUAUUGUGCAUUCCUCUUGUUCUGAUGAUGACCAUAUGGAUUGUAGACAAAAGAAGGGUUAACACAGAACACUCAUCAUCGGUGGGAUAAGAUCAUAAUUGAAUUCACUAUCUGAUAGCUUCGAAUGGAAUUGUGAGUGUAUCUGACGCAACGUAGCUCGUCUCCGUAUGAAAUACACCGAAAAAUCACAACAAAAUCACCCGGCAGGCCAUUUUGAAAUUCGAAGCCUAAUGUUUUAACCGGAUAAUAUUGCAAAUCGUACUCUUCUGUUCUUACAUAUAAUAGGCCUAUCAUACACUGAAAGUCGGUGCUACCAAAUAUAGUCGAGGAGAACGUUAUGAUAAUUAAUCUUAAUUUUUUUUUGUUAUUAUUUUUCGUACUUUUUUGUUUGCAUCACAUGGUUAUUACGUUAUUGUUCUUUGUGUUGUAAUCGCUAAUUAUCGGUAAACAAGUGCAUUGUUGCUGACAUCGUUUAUUUUGCAGUAAGUAAGCGUAAGCUAAAAAUCGUGUUAGUUGUAUGUUGUUUACUUGCCAAAUGUGCCUACCGCUAGUUGUAAUUAUCAGUUCUUUUUAUUUUAAUUUUUAAAAUUUCUCAUUAAACGGCUAGGUAACAUAAAAAGCCGGUCAAAUUAGAUUCAGUUCCAAUUAUCAACUGUAAUAUAGAAUUUUCCAGAAAUCUACAUAUCCUUAAUUGUAUGACAAUGCAAAAGGUAUAAUGUGAAUGUUUGAAGGAAUGUAUUGCUGUGAGCAGAUUCAUCCAAAAUGAAUUACACUAAGAACAAACUCCGUACUCGCUUGUCAGAUAGUCAUUGAACAACAUACUGCGAAUUGAUUUUACCGCUUUCGCAAUCACACAGCAAAACAUCAUCCUUCACAUUGUUUAUGGGUGGAAAAAAUGCGGCCCGCGCGCUACUUGGGAUAUGUUUAUUUGCCCCGGUAAUGCAUGAAGGUUGCCGACCACUGGUUUAGAAUAUGGGACGGUUAGUUCGUUUAAACUUGACUAUAUUAAAACUUCCUAAUUUUGUUGUAAUGAAAUAAACCUUCAUAUUAAAAA